AUGGGCAGCGCCCGGCUGCUCGUGCUCGCCUGCUGCGCGCUCAUCGUGCUCGUGCGCUGCGAUGACUCGCUGGAAGCUCGCUCUCUGGAAAACCCCAUCAAGACAUCAGAAGAGAAGGAACUGAUCGAAGCCUUGCAGGAGGUUCUGGAGAAACUGAAGAAUAAGCGAAUGCCCUCAGCGGAGAAGAAGUUAGGCUGGCUGCCGUCGUGCGAUGCAGGAGAGCAAUGCGCGAUACGCAAGGGCGCGAGAAUCGGACAGUUAUGCGGAUGUCCGCGAGGAACUUCCUGCAACUUCUACAUCCUGAAGUGUCUAUAGAGAGACGAGCUGUCGCCGCUGAGACGGACAAACCAGCUGUGCUACAAGAAACAGAGCAUCGGCCUGGGUGGCAGUGUAUAUAUUUCAUAUCCUUAGGCUAUCCUCUUGUCCAGAAAAAAAUAAAAUACUGAAAUAAAUAUAUGUAUAUUCAUCCACACUGUUUCAUACUGAUUGUGCUAUUUGUCUGUUUAUGAUGUAAGAAAAGUCACCAAAUAAACAUAAUAAAUAAAUAAUUUGUAAACGAGUCCAGGAGUAUGAACCAGUCUUAAAAGGAGUGAGUGAGUG